CACAACUUGCAGCCCAAUUUUCUUUCUCCUUGCAAACAUGGCACCUUCAGCAGUUCCCGAGGCCAACAACACGGCGGUGGUGGCACAGAAGCCACAUGGGAAGGAGGAGCUCACGCCCCUGCAAGCCAUCUCGCAGGGGACUUGUCUCCCCGGUAUCCCUCUCUUUUCGGACAUGGAUAAGCAACGGCACUUUAUCCUCUCGCACAUGGCCGCAGCCUUCCGUAUAUUCGCCCGCAAGGGUUAUACCGAAGGCAUGUCUGGGCACAUAUCCGUCCGCGACCCCGAGAACCCGCACACGUUCUGGACGAACCCACUAGGACGGCACUUUGGGCAGCUGAAGGCGUCGGACAUGAUCCUAGUCGACUACGAGGGCAAAGCGAUUGGCGGAAACACGACACGGCCGGCGAACGCGGCGGGGUUCCUGAUCCACAGCGCGGUGCACAAGGCGCGGCCGGACGUGCACGCGGCGUGCCACACGCACUCGAAGGCGGGCAAGGCGUGGAGCGCGUUUGCGCGCCGCCUCGACAUGCUCAACCAGGACGUGUGCUAUUUCUACGGCGAGGCGCAGGCGGUCUACAAGGAGUUUGGCGGGAUCGUCUUCUCUGAGGCUGAGGGGAGGAGGCUGGCGGAUGCGUUGGGGCCGCGGGGGAAGGGCCUCAUUCUGCGCAAUCAUGGCUUGCUGACUGUGGGUGGGACGGUCGAUGAGGCCGCCUAUUUGCAUACUUUGAUGGAGCGCAGCUGCGAGGUGCAGUUGAUGGUGGAGGCGGCGGCCGCGGGCGGCAAUGUCGAGAAGGUCUUGGUGGAGGAUGAGGCUGCCGAGUAUACGUUCCGCAUGGGCAGUGAUCCUGAGUCGUUGUACUGGGAAUUCCAGCCUGACUUUGAGUUUGAGGAGGAGGCUUGUGGGGGCGCGUUCUAUAACUAGGUUUGGGGUUGGGCUGGUGUGUGGUGGGGGCUGGUGUUGGGGGUUGUUGGGGCCUGGGAUGUUGGACGCUCUUUUCUCCGUGGCCUCAGUCUGUUUGGGGCGGAUUCUUGGAGGCGUCCAAGUUGCUGAGGUAUGGCAACUGGCAAAUCCAAGGUGGACCGAGAUCAAAGGUUCCCAGCCCACGGCUGCAGCUACAACGGCUCUAGCACUCGAGAUCGGAGAAAGUACCCAUCUGCGCUCUGAUGGCUGGAAAAUUUACUAUCUAUAGUGAUAGUAUAAAGGCUCUUAGUGCCGUUUGUGGUAUUAAGAUUGCCGCUUUCAAAUAGAUAACGAAAUAAUAGUGAGACGUAGUUAUGC